CGAGCCUCUUGGGGCAUAUAAGCUCAACUAUAGGCCCAUAUUUAAUCCACCAUAACCUCCGACCAGCCGCCGAGACUUCCACGCCGGCCGAAAGUGUUAUUGGUGAUGGGGAACGACAGAACUCGUGGUUGGAUUCGCGGUGAUGAGACUGCGAAGCAGAUGUUAUCAAGGGUUCUUAGAGACCGCGCGUUCUUGCUUCUUCCGCCUCUUCACCGCGUGCCUUUACGCGCCGGGAACGUAGUCGAGAUCACUGGUGCGUCACCGUCUGCGAAAACUCAGAUCCUGAUUCAGGCUGCGAUCAGUUGCAUUCUUCCGAAGACGUGGAACGGCAUCCACUACGGAGGAUUGGGGAAACUGGUUUUGUUUCUCGAUUUAGAUUGCCGAUUUGAUGUGCGGCGUUUAUCUCAAAUGCUCAAGCAUCGCCUUCUCGAAGCUAACCGGUUAGGCAAUGGAGCAUGGUGGCAACUUGAAGAGUCAAAUGUUAAAACUUGCACAUCUGUGCAAGACAAGUCAAGCAUCGUCUAUGAUGAGGAGCUAUAUGUUUCAUGCAUGAAAAGAUUUCUGUGUCUUCGCUGUUAUGAUAGCCUCGAGCUUUUGUCCAGUCUCAAGACAUUGCAUUAUCGGAUCCGACAGCAGGAAGCGUGUGGAAGCCAGGUCGGAGUGCUAAUGAUUGACAGCAUCGGUGCUUUCCACUGGACUGAUCGUCUAUCGUCAUCGUUGGCAUUGGAGAAAAGUAACAGGAAAAGUCUGUCCCUUACAAAUGUGGUGGAGACGGUAGUGCAAGAGAUGAAGAAGCUACUGCAGGUGCAUUCACUGGUGGUAAUUGCCACUAAGGCUACAAUUUACGAAGAAAGGAACUUCUCCUCAAAGGAUGAUCUGUCAGGGAAUGCUUCAAGUAAAGCUCAGCAACCUCCACUUCGUGAAUUCAUGCCUUCUUCUUGGCAGGCAUUUGUAACACAUAAGAUAAUCAUACGGAAAUCAGGUGAUCAUCAGUCUGUGCAAACGGGACAACAAAGUUUGUCAGCAUAUUCACUUGAAUGGUUACAACCGCAACUUAGUAGCAUAGACCGAUUUAUUGUAGACGAUUCUGGUAUUGUCAUUGUCUCAUGACUUAGAUUCCCUUUCAGAAACAAUUACUUUUGUAAGGUAGCUAUUAGCUAAGCAGCGUGCAGCAAAAUCGCCAGAUGUUAAAGUUAGUGCAGAGUUUUUUAUUUUAUUUAUUAACAUCAGAAAGAGGGGGAAAAAUGGACAGAAAAAGUAAAAACCUUUUAAAGGUAAAACGUGUCUUUCUUUUUUUAUCUAUUUUUACUUGAUUAGGUUGUUCUUGCAGUAUUUUGGUAACCUUAUCUUAGAUAUAAAAAGAAAGGAAAUCACAUUUCAUACGUACGUUUUGGAUUCGAAUUGGAUUGUAAUAUCUUUCUCAAAAUGUCAAAAUCUAUUCUCAUGCUUUUGGGCAUCAAAGACUUGAGAAAUUGCAACAGCACGUGUUAUUUUAUAAA